GUGGAGCCACCACGUUAGCAGCCUCCAGCUGCACCUCCUGCAUUUUCACCAUCUGUUGACGAUGACUGGCUCAUCCUCCCGCCCCUCCCCCCAGUAAUGGUGGGGUCUCUGCCUCUCCAACCCUUUUGUCCACCCCGGAGCGAACCAAGACCUGAGCCACAGACCGCUAACGGUGUACAAGUGAUGGAACCGUGCAAUGAAGACAUGGACCUGGAGGUGAAAGAGGUGGAUUCAUUUGACGAACACAUUGACAGGAUAUUUGCUGCUUCUGAUGCUGAAAAGCACAAAGGACGAAAGACUACUGUGUUUUGGGAUGUUGAUCUCAUUGAUUCUGAUGGAAUAGUCAAGCACGCUAAAAUGAGUGUGAGGGAGGCUAUAGAGCAGUCUCUUAAUGGUAGCAAGAUCAUACUGAGGUUCAACAAGAAACUGCAAGCAGUCGGAGAUGGAGCUGGCCUGUUGAGUGGCAUCCUAGGAGCGCUGGAUUCUGAUUACAUCAACUUUCCUAUCUGUGAGAAGAGUUGGGGAAAGGUGCAGGGCAAAGAUAUGGUUUAUGAUGAUUACAUAAAGAAUCUUAACAACCGCCCAGAGGGAAUUCCUAGAGAGCAUUGGAGGUGGUUCAUUGAUUAUCGUAAUAAUCCUACCACAAAGGCGAAGUGCAAGCAAAAUGCGCUGAAUCGAAAGAAGCAGCUUUACACGCACACUGGCGGUUCUAAAAGCUUGGAUAGGGUAAGGGAAGAAAAGGAAAAAAUAUCUGAGAUUGAGCAACUAGAUGAAACUACGAGAAUAUUGUCUGAAAAUGAUUCGCUUGCCCAAGCUCUCAGUAAAGAGCAUUCGGGUAGAGUGCAUGGCAUAGGUUUCGGACCGACACCAAGUCAACUCUUUCGUCCGAGUGCGCAGCCGCCAGUGGAUAAAGCUCAAACAGAAGAGGCCCAAAGGAUGCUAUUUGAACUACAGGAGGAGGUGACGGCCGAGAAAUUGAGAAGGAAGGCAGUGGAGGAUGAAGUAGCAGCAGAAAAAUUGAAAAGGAAGCGGCAGUCUAAAACUACCGCAAAUCGGCAUUUUAACCGCCGCUAUUCUCCGUUAUUGUUGUAG